AAGCAGGUCAGUAAACGGGGGGCGAGCUGGGGUGGUACUUCUUAAUAUUAUUAAAACAGCAGCUUUAAAGACAGUUACAUAAUAUUAACAUACGCAUAGCGGCCGAACCCAGGAUAUGUGACGGCACGACGGUGGUUCACUCAGUCUCGCGACCGCAGGCAGGUUGAUGCGGUUAGCCACGAUGCUAACGCCAUCACGCUAGCCUUGGGCGGCUCAAUCACAGCGUUGUUGUUGUCGCCAGUGUAGCUUCACUAUCGUCGCCGUUAUUGUUCGCGCAUAUUCCUCGGAGGAGAACAAGAUGAAGGUGGAGUUUGUGGAGUCGCUGAAUCGGGCGACGGUGGACGACGUCGUGGUCAUGUUCAAAAGUGAGGAUGAAGCGGGGUCACGUGAUGGCACGGAGGACGGUUGCACGGACGGGCAGAUGCUCGACAUCCGAAUCAAGGAGGAGCCGCGCUUCCCGCAGAUCAGCGAGGUCCGUUGUGGCGUCCCGUUAAGCUAUUUGGAAGAGACGCCAGAUGGUGACCGUCCUUUCAAACAGGAGUCCGACUUGGACCUCCAGGCGGGAUGCGAGUACGAGGUGGCUGUCAAACUGGAGGACGUCAUCAAAGAAGAAGAAGAAGCAGACGACGACGACAGACAGGACGAGGACUCACAAGAUGGAGACCAGGUGGAGGAUGACGGAGAGGAGGACGGCACAGGCACCAAUCAAAAGUGGGCAGGAUUGGGGCCGGAUCAAGAAGAAGAGUUGUUGUCCGAGUUCUUCCCCUGUCCUCACUGUGAUGUCUCCUUCACAAACCUGGACUUCCUGGAGAAGCAUGUCAAGUGGGUCCACCAGAAGGAGUACCUCGCCGAGCUCAAGAAAUGUCUCUCUGACCGUGACCAAAGCCUCAUCCCGGAGCACACCUGCACCACCUGCGGUAGCACCUUCAGUUCUAAAGUCUACCUGCGGGUCCACGUCAAAGAAGCCCACCCUUCCGCCCCACCUCGCCGGCUCCACCCUUGCCCGACAUGUGCGCGUAGCUUCCAGUACUUGAAGAACCUAAAGAACCACUGUCAGCGCUGGCACGACAUGUCGGUGGUCAUCAGAGGUGGGCAUCUGUGCUGCAUGCAUUGCGGGAAGAGCUUCAAGGCCACCUGGGGACAGGGGCCCCACCUGUGCAAUGCGCCGAACACCGAAUGCGAGGAGAAGCCAAUUUGUCUGGAUGUGGGUGUUGAGUGUAGCGUGUGUGGCAAGAAGUUGCGCACGCCCCAGAGUCUAGAGGACCAUAUGCGCACCCACACAGGCGACCGGCCGUUCGUGUGCAAGGACUGCGGCCGGCGGUUUGUGGAGCGAAGCAGCUGGCGCCAACAUGCCCUGAUCCAUACGGGCGAGAAGCCGCACAAGUGUCAAGUGUGCGGGAAGGCCUUCCAGAGGGGACACCAGCUCAAAUGCCACCUCACCACACACUCGGCCAAGAAAGAGUUCUCCUGCAGCCAAUGCGGGAAGGAGUUUGGACUCAAAGCGAGCUUGAAUCUCCACCUGAGGACGCACUCCAACGAGAAGCCUUUUCACUGCGUGGUUUGCGCCAAGAGAUUCAACACCCGCAAGAACCUGCGCGUGCACAGCAAGCUGCACAACGGCGACAAGACGCAUCAGUGCAGCGACUGCGGCCUGAAGAUCAGCGACUUGGGCGCACUCAAGAUCCACCUGCGCACUCACACUGGCGAGAGGCCCUACCACUGCACCGUCUGCGGCAACAAGUUCAUCCGUCUGGCGCACCUGCGCAACCACCAGCGCACGCACACCGGCGAGCGGCCCUACAAGUGCGACCAGUGCGACAAGAGCUUUACGCAGUCAGGGGACCUGGUGAAGCACAAGCGGACGCACUCCGGGGAGAAGCCCUUCGAGUGCCCCGAAUGUCACCGCCGCUACACGUCAUCCGGUGACCUGGGCAAGCACCGCCGCACUCACACCAACCUGCGGCCGUACAUUUGUCAGGAAUGCGGCAAGAGCUUCCGCCUGUCGGGUCAUUUGAAGACGCACAUGCUCACGCACACCGGUGAGAAACCGUUCUCCUGCCCCAACUGUCUGCGCAGAUUCGCCCGCUCCCACCAUCUCUCCGGACACGUGGCUAAGUGUCGCUAACUUGAAAAAUGUGUACUUAUCAAAAUCUUUCAAUGUGAAAACUACAGUGGAACCUCUGAACUGGGGUACAGUAGUCGGGACCGAGCAUUGCUGCGAAUAGCAUAAAAACCAUGAGUGUGGGUUGGGUGAUGCGGUUUUCAAUAAAAUUCCAGAUCUUUUUAAUUUCUGGUUUUAAUUGAUUCCCCUGCCCCAUUCGAUAAAAAGAAAAAGCAAAUGAAUAAAGCAUUUGUCAAAACAAGCAGAAAGUGGCCCUUUAAACACAACACUUUAUACAUUUUAAAUUAAAAAAAAUGUAAAUGUUAAAGAACUUACCAUCACUGUAUUGACAAAAAUAUUCCCUUAGCGAUAGGUUUUUCUAGCAUCUAUUAUUCAGCCAUGGGAAGUUUUAUUUCAUGCUGUCCCCCUCCCACUCGUACAGUUACAGUGCAGUACUGUGAUAAGAUUGUUACAUUGUGUCAAUGUAAUGGCCACAACACGUGUUAACCCUAACCCAAUAAAAUGAUAUUCGAUUUAUUGUCCAGCCCUCCCGCAAGUAAUUGACACCCCCCUCCUACCCCCAAUUAUUUUAUUUGUGGUACCAUGGCUUGAGUUUAAUUUGUCCCGUUACCAAGCGCAUGACUCAAUUUACUUUCACCGUCAACUUACUUUCACCCCCGGUAAUUUGUUGUUCGGAAUUCACAAAUUCACUCUAUUCGAAGAUGUUUUAUUUAUUUAUUUAUUUUAUUUUUAUAAAUUUCACACACUGUAACAUCACACUCUGGCAAAAUCCAGAGCUGCUCGCUUACAGAUAUAUUGAGCAAGCCCUUCAGAGGCCCAACUAUUUAGAUGCAAGCUAUAUUAAAAUGUAAAUUUUCCAUAUUUCCCUUUUCACAUGAUCAGCUGUCACCUAACUCAGUCUUAUUAGAGCAGUACAUUAGCAUUGGUAGAGCACUUUAACAACCAAGUGCUGUACAUAAACCAUAAAAGACUAAUUUAAAAAACAAAUGAUUAGUGUAAUAAAAUGUAAAACUACUCACCCUUUGGAGAUGCUUGAUGACUGCAAAGUAUUUUGUGGAGUGUUAGGAACUGUCAUAUACGUACCUGUAAAAAGAUGAUAAGAAGCAUAACUCAAGGCAGCUGACUACAGUGUACAUUAGGUUCUUUUAUGACUGAUGUCAGUUUGGGCAGCUAUCAAAUAUUUUAGUACUCGAGCAAAGAUUUUCAAAGACGUGUAUCAAAAUGUAGCCACUUAACUCAUUCACUGCCAGCCUUCCCAGUAACAUGGAUAUUUGACUUUUAAAGCCGUCAAUGGCAGUGAACGUGUUAAAGAUCAGAUGGUAGUACACUGGCCAUAUCUCACACGGUGCCUGAGCAAAACUAAAAGCACCCUGUAUGAAGUAAUGUCAUGGUGACAGGCAUACUGUUGUCACCAUCGUAAAUAAACCAGCCACAAACUUGACCGUAGUCAUAAUUAAGAGAGUAGCCCUCCACAGGGCUAACAUUCUGUGUUAGUAAGGUACGUUAAUAUUAGUCUCACUGAUUUGCGCAACAUUUAAUUUACCAUGUUUUGGGUCCUUCACGGAUUAAUCCUGGGGCAAUGGGUGUCUUGUUGAAACGAUUAAACGUCACAGUGUUCGCCUUGAAAUGCUUCCACUCUUUUGCCAUUUUCUGUCAUUUUUUUCUCUUGCAUUUUCUUCUCUUCGUUGUCACCAUGUUCCUGCUUCGUCAACCAAAUAGCUCCGCUUCCAUCUCCUAGUUCCUAAGUGACGUAGCGCGUUGUGUCACAUUAAUGCCCGUGGGUCCCUUGAGCUUCACAAUAUUUUUUUUUAUUUAUACUCAAGGUACUUGAAAUACCCAAUUACUCGUUGCUGCCCUAAUGUCGAGUUAUUGUGGCUUUUCACCGUGUUGUACUGAGCAGCCAGGACAGAAAGAGGCGUAUGCACCACUGUUUGGCAUUUUUCCAUUUUCAGUUCUAUGGUUAGAGUCACACUUUUUGUCCUCAUUUCAUUUGUGGCUGCACUCGCACAAAAUUUUGAAGUAAGCCAAAGAACAAGGAAAACACUUGUGGAAUUGAAUCGGUUAGAUGCUUACUAAGCUGAAGUCAACCUGCCAGGUUUUUGGUGGAAUCUUUACCACUUGGAGGCCAGACAUAAAUCACCCACAAGGGAAAUUUUACAAAUUUGACUCGAGGUUCCACUGUAUUUUAAAAAAACGCUACAUGGAAAUUGAUGCUCUUAUUUUUAUUUUUUUUUAUUUUUUUUAAUAAUUUGGUAGGUCUACAGUACUCUAAACUAUUUAUUUCACUAUUUUUUAAAUUACAAUUAUAGUACAAAGUGAUGUGGUAUACAAUGUGAUGUACAUGUUUGAUUCGUCUCUACUAACUCGUGCUGUUCUACUUGUAAUAAA